CAGGGAGAACAUCAAAUAGAAAUCAUGGGAGCUUUCCUUAUUUUGUCCACGUCUGCUGCUGUUAUUCUCUUGGUAAUUCGUGGAGGUUUGUGUGUGGAUAUCAUUGGAGGAACUGAAGUAGCACCACACUCAAGACCGUUUAUGGCCCUAAUCGAAGGAGCAAAGGGAUCUAUUUGUGGAGGAGCUUUGAUUAAGGAAAACUGGGUGUUAACAGCUGCCCACUGUGAUGUGAAGGGAGGCAAAGUUACUCUCGGAGCUCAUUCACUGACAGCAAGAGAAAAAGAAAAACAGGUUUUUCGGAUUGCAAAACAAAUUCGCUAUCCAUGCUAUGACUUCAGUAGCAAGGAAAAUGACAUUAUGCUGCUGCAGCUUCAGAAAAGAGCAAGACUUAACAAAGCUGUACAAGUCAUUCCCCUGCCUACCUCAGACAACGAUCUCAAACCAGGAACAACUUGCACGGUAGCAGGAUGGGGACAAACUCACAAUCGUCUGAGAAAGCCUUCUGAUACGCUGAGGGAGGUCAAUAUUACUGUCAUCAGUAGGCAAAUCUGCAAUGACAACAAUCAUUAUAAAAACAACCCUGUUAUAACAGAAAAGAUGAUAUGCGCAGGGGCUAAGAAUGGAGGAAAGGACUCAUGCUAUGGGGAUUCUGGAGGACCUUUAAGAUGCAAUAAUGUGAUGAGAGGCAUCACUGCUUUUGGGAAGGCAAACAAGUGUGGUACUGUUGAUAGCCCUGGAGUCUACACUCGACUCACAAGGCAAUACCUCCGGUGGAUAAGGAAAACCAUAGGAGGAGCCUAAUAGAUUGGGGUUUGACCAAAUGAUUUCCUACUUGGUACUUGUGUAUCAGUAUCUAGUUGUAAAACAUGCUUUUUAGAACAGCUUCAUUGUACUGCUAAAAGAGGUAUUCCCAUAAUGAAUUUUGACAGCUUAAUGUCCUUAUAGAUAAAAAUAUAUAUCUCUGUUUUCAGGACGGAUGUGGUUUUAAAAGGGCAAGAACACAGCAUUCUGCUAAAACACCUUUUAUAACUUGUCAGCCAUUUGAUGGGGAUUUGUGACUCAGGCUUCAAACAUGCUUGCUUUGGACAUGCAGACUGAUAUCUAUAUGGACAGAGACUUCUGACCAAGAACCAGCUGCUUGUGUCCUCACUGCAUGCUCAGUGUAUACUGCACUCUUCUGUACCUGCACUUCUGCAAAUAACCUUGAAAGUUAGUGAGAUGCUAGGCACAACCAUGAACACCUGAAAAACUUGGCAGUUUCUC